ACCAGUGUCUUCCGGGAUGGAUGGAGGCGAUGUUGUCAUUGCACUGAGAGCAAGAGAGCUGAUGUCUGUGUAGUCUACUCUACUCCACUUCCGGUCGUGUGUGAGCCUGCGUCUGCUGCGUGCGAAGGCAACUGUCACACGCGAAGCGGAGUCAGGGAGAAGAACCAAACAGGAGUCAUCAUGCCGAUGUUUGUGGUGAACACCAACGUGGCCAAAGGCGACGUGCCGGCGGCCCUGCUGUCCGAGGCCACGGAGGAGCUGGCCAAAGAAAUGGGCAAACCUGCACAGUACAUAGCUGUGCACAUCAACCCUGACCAAAUGAUGAUGUUUGGAGGAAAGGGAGACCCCUGUGCCCUCUGCUCUCUCACCAGUAUUGGCAAGAUCAGCGGCGCUCACAACAAGAAAUACUCUAAACUCCUGUGUGGACUCCUCAACAAACACCUGGGCAUCUCUCCCGACAGGAUUUAUAUUAAUUUUGUAGACAUGGAUGCAGCCCAUGUGGCCUGGAACAACACAACCUUUGCCUAAGAUAGAGGUCGACACACUGAAAUG